AUGGACAAUACAAGUUCUACUUAUGCACAGCAGCCAUAUUAUCAAAAUAUGAAUAUGGGUACUGUUCCAUCAAACACACAAGUAUAUCAAGCUGAUUUGUCGUCAUAUAAUUCGAUGAAUUAUGUAAUGGAUUAUUCAAAAUUUGGAACAGAUCAAUCAAAUCAAGAAAAACCUGUUUUGUCCAUGUCGGGAUACAAUUAUCAGCAAUAUCUACCGAGUACAUCGAAUAAAACUAAUACGAUUGAUGUAUCGGCAAACAUAAUGAGCAAUCAAAAUUAUAACAGUAAUUUUGCAAAUAAGUCUGUGCAGUAUACGAAUGCUUCAAAUAUACCGAAUAUUCCUCAAGAAAUUCCGAAUGCACAAUAUACUUAUUCACAAGGGACGCAGAAUUUAACUCAGCAAAUCCAAACUUCAUUACCUAACACUCAAAAUUUGGCGCAAAAUUAUACUUCAAUGGUGUCAAGUAAUUCUUUGCCAAAUAAAACACCUGAACAAAAUUAUGUAUCAGCAGUAGGCAAUGUUCAAAAUUAUGUUCAACCAGUUCAAAACCUGAACUAUCAACAAGUUCCACAAUCUUUUGCUAAUAAACAAGAUUAUUCAGCAAAUCAACAGAUUAUUAAUAAGCUUGGUCAGCAAAUCUCAAAUUUAACCAUCCAAAAUCCACCGACAGUUAGUGGAUACAACACCAUGUACCAGCAAAAUCAGGCAGUAUCAGUACCAUCAAAUUUACCAUUGAGUUCUUCGGCUAAUGUUCAAUAUAAUCAAGCAAUGUCGUACUCCGGACAUCCUGGUUAUUCGUACGAUCCGUCUACUGGUUUAUAUCAAUACAGUUCUGGUUAUCAAAAUAUGCAAAUGUAUGAUAAUCAGAUGAGGAAUUAUACAGGAAAUUAUGGCGAUCCGAGCCAAACGAUUAAUUCAAGUGGUAAUUGGCAACAGAAUUAUCAGUAUACUAAUGCUGGUAAUAAUUUGGGAACCAGUAAUACGUUGUCUUCUCAGGCUGGACACCUAGGUCAAAGUUUUGCACAGCAGUAUGCUUCUAAUGCUUCGCAAAUUAGUGCUGAUCAGUAUUAUUUACAAAUGUAUGGAGCUGCAGGAGGCAGCAUGGACGGCUCAAACAUUGCUGCUCCAUCAGCUGUUUAUCCGCUCACCCCUCAAAGUCCAAUGACUUAUAUGAACUCUGGUGCUAGUAUAACGAAUACAACUUUCAGCCAAGAUUCUGCAAAUUCAAAUCCAACAACGUCUCAGAAACAUUCCGCAGGAGUCCAAAGUAACGUGGAUUUAUUAGCUGGCUUAGAUUUUUCUUCCUCCGUACCGAUAUUAACCCCUGAACAAAAUUCGGUUUUAAACAAGAAAUCUGAAAAUGAUCCAAAAAACUUGAGUAGUGCUGACACCAAACAAAUAUCUGGUGUCAGCACUAAUAAAAAUUCCAAUGUUAGGGAAGAAGAAAAAAAUAUUGCUGAGAAAAAAGCCGCCGAGAAGACAGAGGAUAUUAAAAUAGAGCCGAAAAAUAUUAAGACUGAGAAACAGAAUAAAUUAUUGGAUCUGCAACAAACUCCGAGCAAGGAAAAUUUAGUUAUGUUUUUACAUGAGGUCGAGAGACAAGAGAAGUAUUUAGAAGGCAUCAGCACGAAAACUUUAAAUGGGCCGACACCUUUGGAAACUAAAUGGAAGGAACUUCAAGAUUUAUUGGCUUUAGAUGUGUCUUCAAGAAGUAUAUCAGUAGCAAGGUGCUAUCCAGCAAAAAAUCGUUGCCCUGAUCACUUGCCUUAUGAUCAAACGAGAGUGCAGCUGCCGGAUCCUAACAAUGAUUAUAUUAAUGCUUCUUAUGUAAAGAACAUGUCACCAGUAUGUCCAGAUUUCAUUGUAACUCAGGCACCAAUGUCCAAUACAUUGGCCGAUUUUUGGUCAAUGGUGUGGAAUGAAAAUAUCGAGACAAUCGCCUGUUUGUUAAAUUCGAACGAACUCGAUGUGGUGUAUUUUCCAACACAAAAAGAUUCCUCGGAAAUAUUCGGAGAUUAUAAGAUAACUUUGCAAACAAUAUCCGAGAACGAAGUCUGCAUUGAGCGUGUGAUGUCCAUUAAGGGACACAGAGAUAAACCGCCAAGAGAUUUUUUGCAUCUUCAAAUCAAAUCAACGCCUUCAAGUUGUGAGCCGAUAUGUGGAUUCGCAGACAAAAUAGUAUCUUGUUAUCAGAAACAACAUUCGAUAAGUCAUCCUGUUCUUCUUCACUGUUUAAAUGGGAACAAUGUGUGCGGAAUGUUUGCGUAUACAAUUUGUUCCAUUGCAAAUUCAAAAAUGUCAGCACCCUGUCUUUUAGAUUCGUCGAAUAUUUGUCAUUUGCUUUGCUCUCAAAGAAAAGGAAUGAUUCGAGAUCGACAUUAUUUGUUGCUAGCGAUGGAAGCAGAAGUUCAUAACGCCAGAGCAUUAUUAAAUAAACAUAAUCUAAUGACUUCCUAUCAAAUUCAGAAUAAAUCUAAGAAUACCAUUCCACCUCCGCAAGAAGUCUUAGUUAAAGACCCACUUGCUGAUUUAGAUCCGCUGUGGAAAAUCAGAAAGACGUAAAGUAAUAUAUUGUUUAUUAUUCUAUUAAAAAUUGAUAUUUUAUAACAUUUUUUAUAAUUAAUUAUACUUAUUAUAUAUUAGUUUUACUACGCUAUAUAUUAAACCAUAGUCAUGCAUU